UAUAUAGUGAAAUAAACUUCUUUAUUUGCAUGAAUUGAUAUCAUACACAAGCUUCCAUAAUGGCAUUUCGAAUCAGUGUUAGACGUUGGAUCUUAGUCUUUGCUCUCCUUUAUAUUUGUUUGUUCUUGAAUAACUUUGGAGAGGCUGAUGAUGAUGAGCCUGGCACCCAGAUAGGUGGUGGUGGAGCUGGUUUUGGUGGAGGUUCAGGGGUUGGUGGUAGUGGCGGUGGCGGUGGCAGCGGCAGUAGCGGAAGCUUUGGCGAUCCUACUCCAAUCAUCUCAAAAGCCUUGCUUUGUUUCAAUGAUAAAUAUAUUUAUCAAAGCUGUGAAGAGUCAUACAGAUUGAGCGAAAAUGGAAAUUUAGACAUACCUUCGGAGAAAACUGAUGUAUUCUGUGAAGGACCAUGUAUGUCUGAGACAAACUUGGUUCUCAGCUGCAUUGACAACAUUUUCAGCAACUUCAUAUUCUACAACAGAGCAACCAUAGAAGAUGUUAAAGAAACAAUUCUAGCUGGAUGUGGUUAUGGUCCUCAAAGAGGUAACUUUAAUGUGGCUGAGCAUAUCCAAACUGAAGAAAACAAUGCUGUGAAGACUACUAGCCAUGUUCUAAUGAGUCUUGCUUUUAUCAUGAUGAUCUAAUAUUUAGGUUACAAUAAAUUAGAAAAGAAUGAUUUGUGCUUCUCUGUUUCAUGUGUGCUAAAUUACUUUUCAAUGGAUUAUACAAAUUAAAUGAAUUUAUGGUAUGUAAUGAUAGUAAUUAUGUGAUGUAUUUUCCAUAAAGAAGGGAGAAAGAAAUAAUUUGAUGUAUUGAUGUUCA